CCGCCUGAAACGGCUCGUAAACCAGGCGCCGUGCAUGUUGUUCUGAAGGGCACCCCCAAUGAGCCGAAAUGUGGCUUCAGUAAGCAGAUGAUCGAGAUAUUCAACAGCCACGGCGUACGCUUUUCCAGCUUCAACAUCCUGUCGGACGAGGAGGUGCGCCAGGGCCUGAAGACCUUCUCCGACUGGCCAACAUAUCCGAAGGUGUAUGUAGGUGGUGAGCUGGUGGGCGGCCUAGACAUAAUCAAGGAGCUGAAGUCGCAACAGGAGAUGGACGAGCGGCUGCGCGCGCUGACCACCGGUGCGCCUGUGCAGCUGUUCAUGAAAGGCGCUGAACAACCGCGCGUGCGGUUUUCCCGUCAGCUGGUGGACAUUCUGAAUUCAGUGGGCAUGGAGUACAGCACGUUUGAUAUCCUUUCGGACGAGGAGGUGCGACAAGAGCUGAGAUUUGCUGACUUCCCCACCUACCCGCAGCUCUGGGUUAAGGGCGAGCUUGUUGGGGUAGACAUCGUCAAAGAACUGGUGGAAAGUGGAGAACUGGAUGCGGCGUUGAAGUCGUGAGCGCUUGGUCCGUUGCCACAAAUGGUCAAUUUCCUUUCGCUUCCGCGUGUGCUUGGAUUGCCUAAGGCUGUCUGGGUUCUAGGCU